AUGUCUCUACCGACCUCGGAUAUAGAGACAGGCGUCUCCAAUGGAGAUGUAGACUGGUUGUUUCGGGGCAAAUCAAAGAAAUUGACCAAGAAAUUGGCUUCCGAGUACCGGCCAUCGGUCUCGCUGGAAGAGAAACCGACCCUAGAUACAGCGACCAAACCUAGCAAAGGGCUCGAUUCUGCCUCCAGUCAGGAACAGAAACCAACCACGGAUCAAGUUCCCAGUGAGCCAAGUGCCACCGUUGGGAAAGAAGGCUCUCCACCGAGCAACAAUCAGGAGAACCAUGACAAGGAGGAGAAGGCCAGAGAGUCGGUUUCGAACCAUGACCAGUCUCGCAUGGGCCGGUCUGCUAGCGUGGGAGAUGAGCCUCCGCAACCUGGAACAAGGUCACGUUCGUCUUCUGCUCCUAUUGCCCCUACUGACCUUCCCUCAGGCUCCAGUUUGGGCAGGGGACUUAGUCUAAACCUAGGUUCGCUCGACCGCUCGAAGUCGGUAGAACACGAGAUUGCUUCGGACACCACUCAGGCCGCGUCGCCCAAAACUGCUCCUAAAAAGAGUAAGCAUCUAUUCAGUUUUCUAUCAUCUAAGUUCAAGAGCUCGGCCCCGCCAAACGGAUCCUCCCACUCCCAGCCAAAGUCAUCUUCUCCUCCCUCAGUCAGCAGUGCCGCAUUUAGACAUUCAAAGCCUUCCCAGGCUGUCUCCAAUGAUCUUUCACAUAGCACACAUAGGCCGCCUUCUGAGAUGGGAGUACAGACCGCCAGCAAGCCAAGUCGAAAAAACUCCGUUUCAAGCGGAAGACUGUCUGAAGAGAGAGAAAGCUCGUUUUUCUUUCGCCGUAAAUCUGUCAUUUCUGAGACGGUUCCUCCUGAGGUGUUGGACCACAAACUAAACAGAAACCCCAAUAAAGAAAAGUCACGGCUCGUUGAAGUCCCAGACCUUACCUUGAAGCGUGUCACUUUUGCGGUUGACCAACUCGAAAAGGAUCCACAACAGCAAAUUCCUUCGCGGAAACCCAGACGUGGAAAUGUGCUAAUCCCAGAAGACUUGGUAGCCCCAACGCCAAGGUUGAAUCAAGGUAUAUCUGCUACUGAUAGCGCUCGUACGGCUGCUGAGCCCAAGUACUCAGAGGCAGAUCUUCUACGCGCAAAAGAGGCUCAAAAACGAGCUUUAAUGGAGGCAGAGGUACAUGCCACUGAGGCUCAUUUGUCGGCUAAAAAGCUUGCGCUUCAAGUUGCCCAACACAAACAUCUUAAGAUUGCAAGCGUAAUGGAAGAAGAUGAUUUGGCGCCGGCUCGUGAGCUGAUUGAGAUCGAUAAACCAUUGCAUGUCCACGAAUCUCACUUCGCUCCUGAAAAUCCGCAAGAAACAGUAUCAGCGGAAGAGGAACUUUCCCUUGAAACAUUAUAUACUAGAUGCUGUCAUCUUCGUGAGAUUUUGCCCAUUCCUGCUACACUCAAACAGUUGAAAAACAAAUCCAGACCUCUCCCAGUCUUGAAAAUGUUAAACCCGAAACCAACUUUGAUUGAUGUGCUUUCAUUCAGUGAUUUCAUUUCAAUUACCCCCAUCAAUACCGUCAUUUUCGACAAUGUUACUCUUACCACAGAGAUGCUCAAACAUGUUUUGGGCUCCCUUUUGCAUAACGAAGGCUUGGAGAAGCUCUCACUCCGAAACGUUCCCAUUGAUGCUACGGGCUGGGUGUAUCUCUGCGAGUUCAUGAGCAGAAAUACAAACGUUAAGAAGCUUGAUAUUUCACAACAGAAAAUUAAGCUGUCAUCCAAGCAAACCGCAUUGCGAUCUUCAAUGAAUUGGAAUCUUUUGAUUGAGUCUCUCAUGGUUCGGAAAGGACUUGAAGAAUUGGUUAUGGGAGGUUGCAAAUUAUCAGACGAUAUAUUCCAAAGACUUUUAAACGAUGCCUUGGCCCUUGGCACAUAUCGACUUGGCGUGGCUGGAACAGAACUUAACACACGUAAAUGUGAGAUCAUUACUGACUGGAUCAGUCGUCCCGAUUCGGCUUGUGUGGGAAUCGAUGUUGCAUUCAACGAUUUGAGCAAAGGUCAACUCAGACCUUUCAUUGAUACAUUUUUGAGCAAGGACGUUAAGUUAAUUUUCUUCUCAUUAAAUUCAACGAAUUUAACAAAUGUGGAUGAGGUUGCAGAACUUUUAUGGGCUCUUGUAAGAGUCAAAACGCUCCGCUUCUUGGACUUGAGUUCCGUGCCUGAAUUGUUCCCAGGGGUAAUUCUGAAGCUAGCCAAAACUCUUCCAUUAUUCGAGAGUUUGAGACGAAUCCACUUUGAUCUCAAUGAAUUGACGACACAGUCAAUAGACGCAAUUGCGGAUAUUCUUCCUAAAGUCCCUCGACUUGUUCACGUAUCCUUGCUUGGAAAUCGAAACUUGGAUCGUGGAUCAGUCGGAUCUCUUUACACAGCAAUUAAGUCUUCUGACAUCUUCACGCUCGAUUUAGACUACGAUCUUGUGCCACCAGAAUUUUCUCAAAGGCUUGCUCUUUACCUCAUGAAAAACCUAGAUAAGUUCAUUCGUCCUGAUAUCAAUGAUAUUGGAGUCGAUAGCGAGCAAGAAGAUGUCAUGUUUGAUGGUUCAUUGCUUAUGGAGACUGCCGAGAAAAUGCUUCUGGAGAGUGACAAAACCCCAGGUCAAGAAGAUCUCAAGGUUCAAAAGAUUGUUACAAAUGCAUUGAUCGACCGAACCAGGACCGUAAGAAAAGAGAUUCACAUCAUUAUUGACAAGCUCUUCGAAAAAAGGAAUUCUGGUGAGCUCUCCUUCGAAGGUAAGGAAACCUUGCUCCGGUUCUGUCUUCUUGAUGCAUCUUUAGAGAAAUUGCUGAGCAUGUUCGAGGAGAAGGCUAAACUGUUCUCAGGAACUCCUUUGAGUCCCACUCCAACGCCAAGCUACGAAAAUGGUACACAGAUUGAUCAAAUUACAGUGAAGCCAAAGCAACUCCACGAAAGCUCAGUUGCAUUGAUCGACUCAGGGCCUAUUUUGAUGGCAAAGAAUUCAAGACCCUGCGUUCAUCCACCACUCCAGAUAAACGAGGCUUUUGAGCCACAUUCGGUUGUUAUUGAUGCUUCAUCUGAUGGAAAAAAUGUGCCAGUUGAUUACUUUACUGGUAAGCCCGUUCUCAUGAAAUCUGCCUCGCAGACAUCUGUGUAUGCAAAGCAGCAGGAAUUAGAGGAAGGUGAAUUCCAUAGAUGGGGUGUGUUUGUUCAACACAGGCAGGGAGAUGACAAAGUGCCCGAGACACUGGCACAUGAAGGGGGUAAGGCUGACUUGCCUCUUCUCGGCGCUGUUCCCUCGGGCUCAGAGCUUAGAGAAGCAAUUAUUGAUGCAAAGGGAAUUGAGUCUGUCACACAGUUGAUCUCCAAGAUUAACAACAAUAGAGUCAGUAUUGAGAACAUUUAUCGCACAAAACCCGGCGUAUCAAACGAAGAGACGAUUAAGAGCAGUUCUACAUUGCCCAACUCUGAGCUUGUUGAAGAGCUUUCCGAGCGGGCAGAACGCAUUGAGGAUGAAGUUUGCUCCAUUGACUCCGAGCAUGAUGUACAUCCUGUGGUCAACGAAGCUUACGACAUGCUAUUGAACGAGGCAGAUCGGGUCAGAUCAAACAAGUAA